UAACUGUCGGUCCCGGGUAGGAUGAUUUACAAGAGCCUCCAAUACUUGAGCGCCCCAACCUUCACAACAGGUAUAUAGGUGAAUACUGUAAUAUAAGUAAACUCGCCGAUUCUACCAUCAUGUUUGCACGAACAGCCUUUUCAUGUGCAUUUCGGUCGAUCUCGCGACCAUCAUGCGCGUUGCCACCGAAGGCUCCAGCCUUGAGGCUCCCCUCUGCAAUUUACGCCCGCCUAUUGUCUACGGAAACAAGAUCUGCUAUUGACAAAGCGGUUGCCUCUGCCCCCGUUGUCCUCUUCAUGAAAGGCACCCCGGAAACCCCACAGUGCGGCUUUUCUCGGGCAAGCAUACAGAUUCUUGGUUUACAAGGGGUGGAUCCCAAGAAGUUCGUUGCGUUCAACGUGCUGGAAGACUCGGAACUGCGUCAAGGUAUCAAAGAGUACUCGGACUGGCCUACUAUCCCACAACUCUAUUUGGACAAGGAGUUUGUCGGCGGUUGCGAUAUCUUGAUGUCGAUGCAUCAAAAUGGAGAGCUCGCGAAGCUCCUUGAGGAGAAGGAAGUACUGGUAGCAUCGGACUGAAAUCUCCGAUGUGCACCACUUGACCACAAUAACGGGGAUUGUCUUGACCAUCCAUUUGCCUUGUAACUAGUGUAACAAUAACAUCUAUCAACGGAAAUCGAAACCAAAGCCAUAUCAUUUAC